CGAUACCGCUGUAGCUCAGCUACACUGUCAACACGGCUCCACUUCUUCCUUUCUCUGCGUCGUCAAAACAACAACAGGCGUCUCUUACCGACACGGCAUUUCAUACACUAUUAUUCCAACCAAACAAAACGACUUGUUUAGAUAAUAUUAGCGUUGACAUCGAUGCAACCGGUUCCAGAGUAGUUACAGUUUUCUUCGUGUUUAUUUAUAGACACGGCGAGGUGUUGAAAAUGAAAAUGAGUUUGGGUUUAGCCGUGAAGCUAAACGUUUAGCAAGAGGCACCGAGGUGUGUUCACAAAUGACAAAACGGUAGACCGGUCAGGGUGGAGAAAAACAACCCAGCUAUAUUAUGGAGUAUCGAGAUUAAGUGUCGGAUCUUACUACAUUACAUUCUGCCCAAAAGACAAAAGGAGAGACAGUCAACCCCAGUUAGUUAUGACCAUGUCGCUGAUCCAGGCCUGCCGCAGUUUGGUCUUAUCUACAUGGCUUCUAUCGUUUUGUUUCGUCCACUUCUUCUGUUUAGAUUUCACCGUGGCCGAGAGAGAGGAGUGGUACACCGCUUUCAUCAAUAUCACCUACAUAGAUCCGAUCACCUCUAUGAUCCGGACGGAGAAGACUGAAUGCGGUCGAUAUGGGGAACAUUCACUGAAACGCGACGCCAAAGGGGUCUUGAUACUUCCGUCUCUUUCGCAGGACUGGCAAGCCUGUGAUCCGGGUACCUUGUUCCCGGUUCCGGUCCAAGGCAGUGCGUGGAUAGCCCUGAUAGCCAGUGGAAACUGCACCUAUAAGGAAAAGAUUCGACAUGCAGCGAACCAAAACGCCUCGGCCAUUGUCAUAUUCAACGUUGGAUCCAGCAACGCCAAUGAUACAAUCACCAUGUCAUAUUCAGGUAUGGGUGAUGUGGUCGCCGUCAUGAUCCCAGAACCUAAAGGUCGCGAGGUCGCCGCUCUGCUAGAGCGGAACGUCACGGUAACCAUGCACAUCACCAUAGGAACGCGUAACCUCCAGAAGUACGUGAGCAGGACGUCGGUGGUGUUCGUCUCCAUCUCCUUCAUCGUCCUGAUGAUCAUCUCUCUGGCCUGGCUCGUCUUCUACUAUAUACAGAGGUUCAGAUACGCCAACGCACGAGACCGGAACCUGAGGCGUCUGGGAGAUGCAGCUAAGAAGGCCAUCAGUAAGCUGCAGGUCAGGACCAUCAGGAAGGGAGAUGGGGAGACGGAGUCCGACUUUGAUAACUGUGCCGUGUGUAUCGAGGGUUACAAGCCAAACGACGUGGUCAGGAUCCUACCCUGCAGACACCUUUUCCAUAAGAACUGUGUGGACCCCUGGCUGCUGGACCACAGGACCUGUCCCAUGUGCAAGAUGAACAUUCUCAAAGCCCUGGGCAUCGCUGUGAGUUCCAGCCCAUGACCAGCAGUGCGUCUGUGGCAUCCCUGGUGAUCGCCGUGGAAACGGGGCUGUCUGACGAAGAACUGUCACUAGAACCACCAACCCCUACUGGGGACAACCAGUCCUGAGAACACAGGGCCUAACUGGGGCCACACUGGUGCCAGAACCAUGACUGUACCGGGGUUAAGUCUGGUUUAGGCUGGCCCUGGGACAAAUCUAACCUGGGACAGAGGACGGAGACGGAGACAUACCUGCAGGCUAAGAUUUACUUGGACUAUGGCUGCAUGUAUGUACAUACCUGUCUAUGGCUACCCGAGAU